AUGUCCUACCGCCAACGGUCCAACUCCACGGACCGCGAGUCUGGCUAUGCCAGUGGUAGCAGCACUGCCUCUCUCGCCGAAGUGUACUUCACGCGCCCUCAUCUCAAACACAUCAACUCGCAACUCGCCAAACUCUCGCCGCAAGAUGUCCUCAAAUGGUGCAUCACAUCUCUUCCCAACCUCUUCCAGACUUCCGCAUUCGGCCUGACGGGCCUCGCUGUCAUGGAUAUGAUCUCGAAACUCGACUUUCCGCUAAAGUCCGAUAUUGAAAUGAUCUUCUUGGACACCUUGUACCACUUCCCGCAGACGCUUGACUUGGUGCAGAGGGUCAAGGACAAGUACCCACACCUCAAGAUCCACACGUACAAGCCUGAGGGUUGCGAGACGACGGAGCAAUUCGAGGCGAAGCACGGCGAAAGGCUGUGGGAGAACAACGAGGAGUUGUACGACUAUGUUGCGAAGGUCGAGCCGGCACAGCGUGCGUAUCGAGAACUCGGCGUCCAGGCUGUCUUGACUGGUCGUCGUCGGACGCAGGGCGGCGCUCGGGGCUCGCUCGAUAUUGUUGAGAUUGACGACGCCGGCUUGAUCAAGGUGAACCCGCUUGCCAACUGGUCUUUCAAGGAUGUGCAGGCGUAUAUCCAAGAGAAUGAGGUCCCCACGAAUGACCUGCUCGACCAAGGAUACCGAUCUGUUGGUGACUGGCACUCGACCCAGCCAGUGACGGACAGCGAAGACGAGCGUGCCGGACGCUGGAAAGGUCGCCAGAAGACCGAGUGCGGUAUCCACAACAAGCGAAGCCGAUACGCUCAGUACUUGCAGGAGCAAGAAGAGAAGCGGCAACAGGAGUUGAGCGAGGCGAUCAACGCUGGGUUGAAUAUUGACUCGGCGGCGUAG